CUGUACAGCAGCCAGUAGCUCAGUUCAGCUCAGCUUGGCCAGCGUCAAGACUGCACUAAUAUAUUGCUCCUUUUUUUUUUCUUCUCUCUUCGCUGCUACCGAGUCUUUUCUCUCCUCGGGAGCUGCUCAAAUUCGCCUCCUUUUCCUCUCCUCUCCUCGCCGGCGGCGAUCCGGCGAUGCCUCCGGGUCGGCAGGAGGCUGAGGCGGCGUGAUUUGAGCUCGUGUGAUACCGGAUACGUUGGUGGCGAUGGCGGCGCCGGCGGCGAGCUCAGGUGCGGAGGAGGGGGAGGGGAGGGGGGCCAGGGUGAACCAGGAGCUGUGGUACGCGUGCGCCGGGCCGCUCGUGUCGCUGCCGCCGCAGGGGAGCCUCGUCGUCUACUUCCCCCAGGGCCACAGCGAGCAGGUUGCAGCAUCUAUGCGAAGGGAUGCAGAUGCACAAAUUCCAAGCUAUCCAAAUCUUCCAUCAAAGCUGAUAUGCAUCCUCCACAGUGUCACUAUGCAUGCUGAUCCUGACACAGAUGAGGUUUAUGCUCAAAUGACUCUCCAGCCAGUUAGCAAUGUGUCACAGUGUGACAAGGAAACAUUGCUAGCAUCAGAGCUUGCGCUGAAACAAACCAGGCCACAAACAGAAUUCUUUUGCAAAACACUGACCGCCAGUGAUACAAGCACUCAUGGAGGGUUCUCUGUGCCACGCCGUGCUGCGGAGAGGAUUUUUCCUCGCCUUGACUUCUCCAUGCAGCCUCCUGCCCAGGAACUGCAGGCUCGGGAUUUGCAUGAUAAUGCUUGGACAUUUCGUCAUAUAUACCGAGGCCAGCCUAAAAGGCAUUUACUGACCACGGGCUGGAGCCUAUUUGUCAGUGGAAAGAGACUACUCGCUGGUGAUUCGGUCUUGUUUAUUAGGGAUGGAAGACAGCAACUCCUAUUGGGGAUCAGACGAGCGAAUAGGCAACCUACAAACCUCUCAUCGUCUGUCUUAUCUAGUGAUAGUAUGCAUAUUGGAGUUCUUGCUGCAGCAGCCCAUGCUGCAGCAAAUAACAGCCAAUUCACGAUAUACUAUAACCCAAGGGCUAGUCCUUCAGAAUUUGUGAUUCCUUUUGCCAAAUACCAGAAGGCAGUGUAUGGUAACCAACUAUCUCUUGGCAUGCGGUUCAGAAUGAUGUUUGAAACUGAAGAGUCAGGAACAAGAAGGUACAUGGGUACAAUAACUGGUAUAAGUGAUUUGGAUCCAGUAAGGUGGAAAACCUCUCAUUGGCGCAACCUUCAGGUUGCAUGGGAUGAAGCGGCACCAAGUGAGAGACGCACUAGGGUUUCCCUCUGGGAGGUAGAGCCUGUCAUUGCUCCAUUCUUCAUCUACCCCUCACCAUUAUUCACCGCAAAACGUCCGAGGCUACCUGGAAUGGCAGAUGAAGGGACUGAAAUGGACAGUGUUAUUAAGAGGACCAUGCCAUGGCUUGGUGAGGAGAUUUGCAAGAAAGAUCUGAAUAUUCAGAACAAUGCAGUGACUGGUCUAAAUUUAGCUCAGUGGAUGAACAUGCAGAAUAACUCACUUCCUGGCUCGGUUGUGCAACCAGAGUUGUUAAGCCCGUUAAGUGGAAAACCUGUACAAAAUUUGGCUGCAACUGAUUUAUCAAGGCAAAUCAGUUUCCACACCCAAUUCUUGCAACAAAACAACAUCCAAUUUAAUACUGCAUUGGUACCUCAACAAAACCAACAGACAGAACAGUUAGCGAAAGCGAUAGCUACACCAAACCAAUUAGUAAGUGUUAUAAUACCGCAGAAGGUGGUUCAAGAUUGCAACUCUGAACAAAGGCAGCAUGUGGUUACUCAAACAGUGCAAGGCAACCAGCCAAACAUAAAUAUUCCACAGCCUCAACUGGUUGUCCAAGCUCAGCUUCAGCAACCUCAAGUCAUUCUCCAGGCACAACUGCAGCAACCUCAAGUUGUUGUCCAGGCCCAACUCCAGCAAACGCAGCCUUUGGUCCAAAGUCACGCUGUCUUACAAGGAGGUCUUCAACAAAUCCAGCUUCUGCAGCAGCAACAAUCACAUGUGCAGCACCAGCAGGUAACGCAACAGUUACAGCAGCAGCAAACACAACAGUUACAACCUGUCCAGCAGGUUCAGCACUCAGUACAGGAUCAGCAAAUAAAGAUGCAACCUGUUCAUGUUUCCGCUGACGCAAAUAUAAAUAAACAGAUAGCAGAUCAUCAAAUGAAAUUACAACUACUAAAGGCUUUACAACCGCAGCAGCCUCUGAUCUCAGAGCAACAGAAGAUGCUUUUGGAUUUGCAACAGCAAAUGAUAAGUUCACAAUCAGCUCCUCAGCAGUGUGUACAGGUAACCACCCAAGCUACUAGUUUACAUAACAGUGACAAUGCUCUGUACCCAACACAACAUAAGGUUCAGUCUCACCAACAAGUUCAAGAUUUAACUGGGAAUGUCAUUCCCAAUGCAAAACCAGACAUCGUUACUUCCUUGGGUGCUAGCUCUUUACAUGCAGCUGGUGGACUGCAAUUAUUGAAGACAGAUGAUGUUUCAUCUUCUUCAACAUCACCAUCCACUAAUAGUAAUCAUGUUCUUUUGCAACCCAUCCAAAGUAGCUCCAAGAACCAAAGUUUAACUACAGCAGGAAAGACAUCUCAAUCAUCUGUUGUGUUGGGUCCUACGAUUGAACAGGACAGAAAGCCAUAUCAAAAUGUUGAGCAAACAAUGAUGAUUCCCAAGAUGACAGAGCAAAGGCCAACUACUGGACAAGACUGCAUAAAGAACAACCCUCAAAUGGAUUACUUGGAUACAUCCUCUUCAGCUACCUCGGUUUGCCUUUCUCAGGCUGACGGAUCAUUGCAACAAAACUUUCAACCUUUAUCCUUCAAUCCGCACCCCCUUCUAAAAGACACAGUUCCAGAUAGCGUGUUUGAGGUUACAGAUCCAAGAAACAACCUUCUAUUCGGGGUGAAUAUUGAUGGUCAACUGGGCUUACCACUUAAUGCAGACCUGCUUGCAAAUGACAUUGAAACUGAUAAAUACAUGGAUCAGCUGCCUGGAAAUGGAAUUUCUAAUUACAUUUCAUCAAAGGAUUCUCAACAAGAGUUAUCGUCUUCAAUGAUUUCACAUUCAUUUGGAGUUGCUGACAUGGCAUUCAAUUCUAUAGAUUCUGCAAUCAAUGAAACUCCAUUCUUAAAUAGAAAUUCUCAGGCUACAGCAGGUCCUGCACAUCAACGAAUGAGAACCUACACCAAGGUACACAAACGCGGUGCGGUGGGAAGAUCAAUUGACAUCAAUCGAUACUCUGGAUAUGAUGAGCUCAAACACGACGUUGCUCGGAUGUUUGGUAUUGAGGGGCAACUUGGUGAUCAAAAUAGAGUUGGCUGGAAGCUAGUAUAUGAAGAUCACGAGAAGGAUGUUCUACUAGUUGGCGAUGAUCCAUGGGACGACUUUGUGAAAUGCGUACGGUGUAUCAGGAUUCUUUCUCCACAGGAAGAAAUGCAGAUGAGAUUAGUUGGCGACUUUGGAGACAGAUUUCUAACCAAUCAAGCUUGCAGCAGCUCAGAUGGGGGUCAUCCCUGGAGGAUAACCGGCGACUAGAAUAUAGAAACUGAUCAAAAUCCAGUUUACAUACAUAUUGUAGUUGUCUCCACAAGAUCAACUUUUUUGACGUUAGUCUCAUACUCUCAUGACAGUGCAGAGGAUGAUAGGCAAUGAUAAUUUUGGCUCUGAAACUUCGAGCUUACAUGAAAUUUAUCGACAUAAAAAUUCAAUAAAAAUAUGGACACAAGAGGAAGGAUGUGUUGGCGUCAUGGAGUGCAUUACAGGAGCUCCUCCUUUAAAGUUCACUCCAUUGUUCAGAGUU